GGUGGUGGCUCUUCACCGUUACACCAGGUCUUUUAAUAUGGCUAGAAAUGAGCAAGAUCUGUUGUCAACUGAGAUUGUCAACCGUGGGAUCGAAUCAUCGGGACCGAAUGCCGGUUCGUUAACGUUCUCGGUUCGGGUUCGAAGACGACUACCUGAUUUUCUUCAGUCAGUUAACUUGAAGUAUGUGAAGUUAGGGUACCAUUAUUUGAUCAACCAUGGUAUAUAUUUGGCUACCAUACCUGUUUUGGUACUUGUUUUUAGUGCCGAAGUGGGUAGUCUUAGUAGGGAAGAGCUUUGGAAAAAGCUUUGGGAAGAUGCUCGUUAUGAUCUCGCCACCGUGCUGUCUUUUUUCGCUGUUUUUGUGUUCACCGUUUCCGUUUACUUCAUGUCACGCCCUCGUUCCAUUUAUCUAAUUGAUUUCGCUUGUUAUCGUCCUCACGAUGACUUAAAGGUGACGAAAGAUCAGUUCAUUGAGCUUGCAAGAGCAUCAGGCAAGUUCGAUGAAGCGAGUCUUGAAUUCCAGAAAAAGAUACUGAAAUCUUCAGGGAUUGGGGACGAAACAUACGUUCCGAAGGUGAUUAUGUCUAAAGAAAACUGUGCCACCAUGAAAGAAGGCCGUCUCGAGGCGUCGACUGUGAUGUUUGGUGCCUUGGAUGAGCUCUUUGAGAAAACCAGGAUCCGACCCAAGGAUGUUGGGGUCCUCGUUGUGAACUGUAGCAUAUUUAACCCGACUCCGUCCCUCUCGGCGAUGAUCAUCAAUCAUUAUAAGAUGCGGGGUAAUAUUUUGAGCUACAACCUCGGCGGGAUGGGGUGCAGUGCGGGGAUUAUUGCGGUGGAUUUAGCUCGAGAUAUGUUGCAAGCUAACCCGAAUAACUAUGCGGUGGUGGUGAGCUCUGAGAUGGUGGGUUAUAAUUGGUACCCUGGACGGGACAGGUCCAUGCUUGUCCCGAAUUGUUUUUUCAGGAUGGGAUGCUCCGCUGUGCUUUUGUCUAACCGCCGUCGUGACUACCGCCGUGCUAAGUAUCGGCUUGAACACCUUGUACGGACGCAUAAAGGUGCCGAUGACCGGAGUUUCAGGUCAAUCUACCAGGAAGAAGAUGAACAAGGUUUCAAAGGUCUUAAAGUCAGCAAAGACCUAAUGGAAAUCGGCGGCGACGCCCUCAAAACCAACAUCACAACAUUGGGUCCACUCGUCCUCCCCUUCUCCGAACAACUCUUCUUCUUCGCCACCCUAAUUUGGCGCCACUUCUUUGGCGGCGAUAAAUCCAAAACCUCCCUAUCACCGUCGUCGAAGCCAUACAUCCCCGACUACAAGCUCGCCUUCGAACACUUCUGCGUCCACGCCGCAAGCAAGACGGUGCUAGACGAGCUGCAAAAGAACUUGGAACUCAGCGAAAACAACAUGGAAGCAUCGAGGAUGACCUUACACCGGUUCGGCAACACAUCGAGCAGCAGCAUAUGGUACGAAUUGGCUUAUUUGGAAGCUAAAGAAAGGGUUAAAAGAGGGGAUAGGAUCUGGCAAAUAGCAUUCGGUUCUGGGUUUAAAUGCAACAGUGUGGUUUGGCGAUCCAUGCGUCGUGUGAGGAAGCCUUCAAGGGAUAACCCAUGGCUUGAUUGCACUGAUAGAUACCCUGUGAGAGCUUAAAUUUACUUCAAUGGCCGCUGGUUGAUAAUAAUUAUGAUCUUUUUGUGUUUACAUUUUCAGAAGAAAAGGGGGGGGGGAAUAAUGAUUGGAAAAUUGGCAUAUGUUUGUUUCAUGGUUUCUGGAAAACUUUCCUCGAUGAAUUAAUUGUAUGAAAAAAGUGUUGAAAUUAUGUAGUCUAAUGUUUUUAUAUUUUAAAAGAAAGAAAUGAAGAAAACAUUGUAUUGUAA